GUGAGAGAGAAACACCCGAGACGGAGGCACGAAGAGCUGAAAACAGGAAAGGUGAGCACAAGAUUAGACUUGUAUGAUAUAAUAUGUCGUAUGCCAGUGACAAACUGUACAAAGGAUACUUGCGGCGGAAUAUGCCGGCCAUUGUGUCCCAGGUGAAAGUGAGAGAAAUAGUGACCCAUCUGCCCUGCCUGACUGAUCACGACAGGGAAACCAUUGAGGCAAAAAGAGAGACUUGUGGGAACUAUGACAGCAUGGUGCUUCUUCUGGACUGUCUGAAGAGAAGAGAAAGCUGGCCGGAGCAAUUCAUCAAAGCACUCGAGGAGCUCGAGUUUAAAACUAUGGCAUCGGAGAUUAGAGCAGAAUACAACGCUCUGAAAGGCACCAACAAUUCCAACCCCAGCUCCCCUCUGACAACAGUCAUAAGGGCACACGUCCACCCGGCACCAUCUGCCAGUCAACUGUCCAUCCCGGAGAGUGGUGGAAACAGUCAGGUUGCUGUUGCUCCGCCAGCUGAAGCAUCAGCUUCCCCAGAGCCAGCUGCCCAGCCUUCACCUCCCGUGGAAAUCCCUGUGCAGCCACAAGCCCCCCCAGCAGCUCAAGUUCCUGAGGCUGUCGCCCCACCCGAGCUUGUCGCCGAGCCUCCGCAGUCAGCUCAAAUUGAAGCGGCACCUGCUCCGUCCACACCUCCUCCUUCGCCUGAAACCCCACGCACUCCGCCGACUGCAACCCCGCCGCCUCAGAGGGAGAUUCAGUCUCACCAGGAGCCGGUGGAAAACUCUGAAUCAGACAUCCAGGAUAUCUUUGGGGAGAAUGGCGCGAUCCCUGAUCAGGUGAUAGCAGGAGAUGGCGAGGUGUCGAUCAGCUCUGUGGACACUCCUCCACCUCCCCGUACUGUUGAGCCGUGUGAAACAGACACUCCGUCCCACCCAGAUCCUCUCCAAACAACCACCACCACAGAGGCUGGCCCACCACGAAGUCCCUCUCCGACUCAGAUGGACUCAGACGUGACCGAUGGAUCCGAUUUCCCCACGAUGACCCCAGAGAAGCCUCCAGUCCAGGACACCACCCCUCCUGUGGACAUCAAACCUGCUACUCCUGAAGAGACUUCUGAACCCCCCGUAACUCAGGUUCUUGAAAGCAGCCCGCAGACGGAAACUGCGGCUACAACCUCCCCGAUUCUUCCUGCUGCUGAGAUGGACGCCUCUCUCCUUGAUGACAGCCAUGUCUGUCUGAGCAAACCUGGCGUUCUCAUCAGCAUCCAGCCACAAAAUGACAGCAGCUCUACUAUCCCUGCACCCAGCUCCCCGGUGGCGCCCUACUCGGGUAACAGCGACCGUUUGGAAAUGAGCGAAGAUGCUGUGACCUCUACCCACGUCCCUGCGUGCUCUGCUGUCAUCUCCGAAGCCGUGAUUACAGACACUGCACUGCCAUGCCAGGAGAACGGCAUCGCCCUUAACCAUAACGAACCGGAGGAAAACCACUACGAGUCUCCGUGUCCGAGUUUGGAUAUGCAGGAGGUUCGGGUGAACGUGGUGCAAAUAUCCGAGGAGCCGUCUAUCCUCAACCUAGAGGGCCAAAACUCAGGCGCACAAGCUCAAAGCAUCAACGGUGAAGCUGCCAAAGAGAUCACCUCUGCACCGCCACUAUCCACAGACGGUGCUGAUACUGUAUCAAGUGUAAACACCCCCUCCAGUGAGAACUGUCACCCCUCCGAGCCUGCACCAGCUGAUAUUACAGAGGAGAAGACUCCCUCUCGCGUCCUGCCAGCUAAUACAAAGUACAUUCUGACCGCUGCAGGAGUGGGCGCCUGUGCACUGCUGAUGGCGUGGAAGUUUAAGAAUUAAAGGGGAUUUAAUACCUUUAAAGGAAGAGAAGAUUAGGCUUUAAAGCUUUGGAAAGAGGAUCUUAAGGGUAUGGUGCCUUAUUGUAGUGACUGGCCUGGGAUGGCGUGAGGCAGCUGUUUAAUAAUUACCUGUAGUAAUAAUAGCUGACUUGCCAGACCUUUGAUCACGUCUUUAAAUACAAGUUAAUAAGUUGGACUGUAUUUUAUCAUUUUACUGUUGAAUGAGGUUGACCCUUGUGAGCAAAAAACCAAAUCUACCCCUCUUACUCUUAUUAUGGAACUGGGUUGAGGUCUCAGGUUAUUUAUGCACCUGCUGCAUAUAUGUGUUCAGUCAAGGUACGCCGAUGUGUUAAUGAGAGAAAUGUUUGUAUGUUCACUCGUCUGAUAAGCACUUUUAAGAUAAGACUGUUGGCUGUCAUCCAGUGAGGAUAGGUGUACCAAGGACCUGAAUUUGUGGGGAAUGGUGCUUUAAAUGACGGCUAGUGCACUGUCUGUAUUUAUUUGUACAUAUAUAUAUAUAUACACUAUAGAUAUUAAAUUCUGCAUUUUAAGAAAAACUGAUGAGCCUAAAACAUUCCAAAGUAGUCGUGAUGUCUUCGAUAUUGAGCCCUCAAAGAAUCAGACAGAUAAAAACUGCAUAAUUAAACUGGUUAUUAGUCCUGACCAGUUGCUCCCAAACAUUUUAAAACCAGUUCACUCCUUGACAGUGAUUUUUCUUUCAUGGCACUGCCCGGUUUCUUUCCGAGCCAGAGAGUGUGUUGUGUAAAUAUGACAAGUGGCAACAGAACAGUGAGCUGUUCUGUCAUUAGCUGCAUAUUUAACAGGGUGUUUAAAACUCUUAUUGCUUAUUUCUUCCAUUUUAAUGUUGUUGAGAACGUAUUAUGAAAAUGUAGUAAAUGUAAACUAUUUUUAUGCAGUGAGAUGGUAUUAAUAAUGUACAAUAAAAAACAGGAAAUGAGCUUAUCUUGGCACCCACUCUGGCAACCACCCUGUGCUGCUUUCUGGCUUUUACCUGGUGUAAAUGUUUGAGAUGACGUUUUAUUUUUCCUUGGGAUUUAUUCUCCUUUUAAAUAGUUGGUGUCAUGUUCUAUGAGAUAAGAUUUUAUUGUAAAUAGCAUUGUCAGUACAUGAAGUGUGUCGGAAAAAUACAAUUUAGAAGGUUUUGCACAUUUUAGGAGGAUAUUUGAGUGUAUUGUCAUUAUCAUACAUGGAAAUUGUAAUCUAAGUUUUAGCUUUUAUGCUCUUGUCUCUAGCUAUGCACUGGAUAAUCAUGUAAAUAAAACUGAUAUUAUUACAAAAA